UUUUUUUUUAUUUCAAUUUCAAAUUAAUAACAAUUAGUUGUGUGUGAAGUAUUUCUAAAGUAGGAUUAAUCUUGAUUAUGUUAUUAAAGAUGAAAAUUGGUUUCUGCGCUAAUUUCCUGUGACGGUCAUCAGCAGUAUCCGAAAUUGAUCACCGAUUUUUGUCUGAAAUCGAACCAAGACUUAUGUUAAAAUGACUGUCUUUUCAAAAUACGUCGACCGCAUUGCGGAGAAAUGCGAGCAGAAUGGGCUCUCCAAGCACGCCUUCAGCUAUGCCUUAGUGACUAGUGCGAUAUUAGCAUUAACUAUAAAAGUCAGCAUUCCAUAUAUAUCAAACACUCCGUCCCAAAGUCAGAAGGGAAAAUCCAAGAUCAACAAGGGCGUGUUAACGCCAUCGGAGACCGAUGGAUCCGACGAAGAUUUGAAACUGGCGGAGGCCGAGAAGCUGUUGGUCGAGCAACAGCUGAAAAAGAAAAAAACCAACAAACAAAUGGUUGAGCCAGGACUUAAUAAGGAGUUCAUGAAACAGCUGACAAUGCUGGGAAAAAUUAUGAUACCGCAGGCCAUUUGCUAUGAAACAGGAUUGCUUACUGUGCACACAUUUUGCCUGAUAUCUCGAACCUUUCUUAGCAUUUACGUGGCUGCCUUGGAAGGUGCAAUUGUGAAGUUCAUUGUGCGAAAAGAUGUGAAGCAGUUUGCUCUUGUCCUACUAAAAUGGUUCGGAAUCGCAAUACCAGCGACGUUUGUGAAUUCCAUGAUACGCUUUCUAGAGAGCAAACUGGCCCUAGCCUUCCGAACUCGUUUAGUGCGUCAUUCAUAUCGGCUUUAUUUCAAGAACCAAAACUACUACAGGGUCUCCAAUUUGGAUGGACGCAUUGAAAAUGCGGAUCACAGGCUCACUGAAGACAUAUCGGUAUUCGCCAGCUCCGUGGCUCAUUUGUACAGCAGUUUGACUAAACCCUGUUUUGAUCUAAUGUUGAUAGGUCUAGCAUUAAUGCGGUCAUCUAGAAAAAUGAAAGCAAAUAUUCUAACAGGUCCUGCUCUAUCCGUUAGCGUCAUUGCUCUAACUGCACAUAUUUUAAGGAUUGUGUCACCUAAAUUUGGCCAAUUGGUGUCUGAGGAAGCCAAUCGAUAUGGUUACCUUAGACAUAUUCAUUCACGUAUAAUCACAAAUGCGGAAGAGAUUGCUUUCUAUGGCGGACAUAAGGUGGAGAUGCAACAGUUGAGACAGGCCUAUAACCGCCUGGUUAACCAAAUGAAUAACAUAUUUAGCCAAAAACUGUGGUUUGUCAUGCUAGAGCAGUUUUUCAUGAAGUAUGUGUGGUCCGGUACGGGUAUGAUCAUGGUUUCAUUGCCCAUAUUAACUGGAGCUGCUGGUGCUGAGACUCCUAGUGCGAUAUCCGGAACGAAUGAGUCUAACGUGAGCGAGCGUACUCAGUACUUGACAACUGCAAGGAAUCUGCUCAUUUCGGCAGCCGACGCCAUAGAGCGUUUAAUGUCCUCUUAUAAGGAGGUUGUAGCGUUGGCUGGGUACACAUACCGGGUUGCCGGAAUGAUGGACGUUUUCGAGGAGACCGCCCAAGGCAUAUAUAGUAAGGUCACUGUAGCCGAGAACGACGACAUGAAUGGCAUUAUAGAGUUCCGAGAUGGCAAGCCUAUAGCCAAGGGCCGCAUCAUUUACACCGACGAUCCUGGAUAUAUGUCAAUCAGUCUGAAAGCAGUACCAGUCGUGACUCCCAACUGUGAUAUCGUUGUGCCAAGCUUAACGCUCUGUAUUGAGCCCGGGGUUCACCUGUUAAUAACAGGUCCAAAUGGGUGCGGCAAAUCCAGCCUGUUUCGCAUUUUAAGUGGACUUUGGCCGAUAUAUGCGGGCGAGCUGCAUAUACCGCGUCCAGUGGAGGACAAACCUUGCAUGUUCUACAUACCACAACGACCAUAUAUGUCCAUAGGAAGCCUGUGCGACCAAAUUAUCUACCCAGAUACGAGAGAAGACAUGAAGCGAAAGGACAUCGAUGAGAAUCAAUUGAGAGACAUCUUAAAAAUGGUUAGCCUGGAACAUAUUGCUCAACGAGACAGCUUUGAUGUUGUUCGCGAUUGGAAGGAUAUACUUUCAGGAGGUGAAAAACAAAGGAUGGCCGUAGCACGACUGUUUUACCAUAAGCCGAAAUAUGCCCUUCUUGAUGAAUGCACCAGCGCCGUGUCUAUAGAUGUGGAGAGUUCGAUCUAUGAAUCAGCCAAAAGUAUGGGCAUCACGCUUUUGACAAUAACUCAUCGACCCACUUUAUGGAAAUAUCAUACGCACAUACUGGAAUUCGACGGUAUGGGAAGCUGGAGAUUUAGGAAAAUGGAUGCCAAUGAGCAACAAAAAGAACAGUUCCUUCAAUAACAGCCGUUUCGAGUAUUAUAGCUGUGUAUAUGUUAGACAAGUUUUUUAACGAUUGAGGACCGAAGUUGAGAGAAGAGUUUAAUCUAAAAAUAUACGUGUAUAUAAAUAA